GGUGUGUCUUUAUACAUGACAGCUAUAAAGUGGCCUUCAGCGCUUCAGCCACUACUUAACAGCUAUGGCCGCUACCAAGUUGAGCCGUGCAUAAUAAAAAUGGCAGGAUUAGAGGGCUACGAGAGCGUAUAUAGGGGUCGGCCUGUGAAAUCGUGGGAAAUGGGAACGUUUUAUCCGCAGAGGUAUCACGGUCGAGAGGUUAUACGUCCUCUGGAAAUACCUGUCGUCCAUCCUUUAGCAGAAGAUAAUCCACCGAUUGUUGAAGACGAUGCUGCUGUGAAAAAAUAUAUAGGACUAGGUUGUGGGUUAGUAAGCUUAAUUACGGAAAACCUCUUGAUCCAUCCCUUUGUCAUAUUACGCAGGCAGUGUCAAGUUAAUCCAGGAUCAACAAAAUAUCAUCUAAUACCUAUAACUUUAGUACCAGUAAUAAUACGUUUGCAUCAGACUCAAGGUGUAAAUACAUUAUGGAAGGGGAUCGGUUCAGUGUUACUUGUAAGAGGCAUGACACUGGCUAUUGAAGAUUUAAUUUCAAAAAUCACACCAUGGCCAAAGAAAGUUACUUGUAAUAGUUCUUUGAAAGCAUUUGGCCAACAUGUCCUUCUUAAAUGCAUCUCCAUAGGUAUAGUGACUCCUUUCUAUUCUGCAUCCCUUGUAGAGACUGUUCAGUCUGAAAUUGCCUCUGAAUGUCCUGGAAUUUUGGAUGUAUUUCGGGAUGGUGCAAUUCGUUUGGUUGAUGUCUGUAAUAAGGGUAGACUCAUCCCUAUUUAUGCUCUUGUGCCACCUACUAUAAUUUAUGGAGUAUCAAAAUACCUUUUUACAUUAACUACAAGGGGAGUCGCCAGUCGAAUAAUGCACAUUAGAUAUAAGCAUGUACAAGAAGCAAGAGGUGCGUACAGCAAAGAUUUAUUAUCUGAAACUGUCAUUCAAGAUAUAGAAAUGCAGUCCGUACUUAUUUCGAUGUGUGCCGCGGAUAUUUUGUUUUAUCCACUUGAAACUGUUAUUCAUCGACUACAUCUUCAAGGUACACGUACUAUUAUCGAUAAUUUAGAUACCGGAAAGAGUGUUACGCCAUUAUUAACAGGAUAUAGCAGUGCAGCCGAUUGUUACCACACAAUAAUGUCAACUGAGGGACCACUUGGUCUUUAUAAAGGAUUCGGUGCUCUUAUUUUACAAUUUGCUGUACAUGUUGUAGUAUUGCGCGCAACAAAAUGGCUCUUAACAGAAUUAAGCACUAUAUUGAUACCGAAAGCUAAACCAGUAAAAUCACAAAAACCUUCAUAUUAUGAUGAGAUUUAAAGAAAGAACUACUCCUGUAACAAUAUAUGAAAUCACAUACAUAUAUAUAUAUACA